ACUGAGUGACCAGUGCUGGCCAGCCGCCUGAAGCAAGGAGCCUGCUGUGUGGAUGUGUGCAGCCCUCUGGACUUGGUGGGAGGGGGAGAAGUUUCCCCAAAGACAAGCUUGGAUCACUGAGAGAGACGAUGCCUUCCUCCUUCAGCCCAGUCUCACAAGCCGCUCAGUGGAUUUGCUGAUUUUCCGAAAUUAAUUUCCUGCAAGUUAUUCAACGGGGCUGAGGAGAGAUUUGAAAGCAGAGGAUGCUCCCACAGGUCAUUCGGAUUCUGUAUGUCUUGUCUUUCUGCUUUUUCCAAGGAGGCUUUAUCAGACUGAGCUCCUGUAAGGAGGAGAUAAAGCCCCCCAGCAGGGCAGGACCACAGCUGUCGCCUUCUGACUUCCUGGACAAGCUCAUGGGGAAAACAUCAGGAUAUGAUGCCCGCAUCAGACCCAACUUCAAAGGCCCACCUGUGAAUGUCACCUGUAAUAUUUUCAUCAACAGCUUCGGGUCCAUCACAGAAACGACAAUGGACUACAGGCUCAAUGUAUUUCUACGGCAAAAAUGGAACGACCCUCGUCUGGCAUACAGGGAGUACCCAGACGACUCCCUUGAUCUGGAUCCAUCCAUGUUGGACUCUAUCUGGAAACCUGAUUUAUUCUUUGCAAACGAGAAAGGAGCCAAUUUCCACGAGGUCACUACUGAUAACAAGCUGCUACGGAUUUUCCAAGAUGGCAGCGUUCUGUAUAGCAUUAGGCUGACUCUUACCCUGUCCUGCCCUAUGGACUUGAAGAAUUUCCCAAUGGACAUUCAGACCUGUACAAUGCAGCUUGAAAGCUUUGGUUACACCAUGAACGACCUGAUCUUUGAGUGGCUGGCUGACAAUCCCGUUCAGGUGGCUGAUGAUCUCACCCUCCCUCAGUUUGUGCUAAAAGAGGAGAAGGAUUUGGGCUACUGCACUAAGUAUUACAACACAGGUAAAUUCACCUGCAUCGAGGUGAAGUUCCACCUGGAACGUCAAAUGGGCUACUACUUAAUCCAGAUGUACAUCCCCUCCCUCCUCAUCGUCAUCCUCUCAUGGGUGUCUUUCUGGAUAAACAUGGACGCCGCACCGGCCAGAGUGGGUCUGGGCAUCACCACGGUCCUGACGAUGACCACGCAGAGCUCCGGUUCAAGGGCCUCUCUGCCCAAGGUGUCCUAUGUGAAGGCCAUCGACAUCUGGAUGGCGGUGUGCCUUCUGUUUGUGUUCGCUGCCCUGUUGGAGUACGCAGCAGUUAACUUUGUCUCAAGGCAACACAAGGAGUUCAUCAGGCUGAGGAAAAAGCAGCGGCAGCAAAGAAUACCUGGGAGUGUUGAGUCGUUGCGGAAAGCGAAUGACAUCCCGGGUAACAACUCAACCUACAGGAACCUGAAUCAGCACUGCAGCGCCUGUGACAGGGAGGAGGAACUGGUGAGGGAGAGCCGUGGUUUUUACUUCCGGGGUUACGGACUGGGUCACUGCCUGCAGAACAAGGAUGGCACCGCUGUGGAGGCCGCCACCGUCUUCACCCCUCCUCCGCCUCCUCCGCCUCCGGUUACUUUCUACGACGGGGAGGUGCUGCACAAGCGUUUUGUGGACCGGGCCAAGCGCAUUGACACCAUAUCCAGAGCCGUCUUUCCCUUGAGCUUCCUCAUAUUCAACAUCUUCUACUGGAUCACCUAUAAAGUGCUGCGACACGAGGACAUCCAUGCAAAUUUGUAAAACGAUCUCUGCUGCCCCCUGUUGUUACAGUUUAGGUUUUUUUCCACAGAAACCAAAACUGCCCGACAGAUCUACAUUACAAUGAGGAGAUGUGUCAAGAGGCUAAUGUGCUUCUUAAAACCGUUGCUAUAAACUUUGUGCUCAGGUGCGUCUUCAGGAUCUCAGACGGAGAGUGAUUAAGCCGAAAGACGAGGUUAAGCUGCGAGGAUUCAGGCUGGUGUUGUUUGCGAUUGCCGUCUCGUUUAUGUCUUGGUUUGAUUCGUUCGGAUUACAACAGAGACAAAAACACUGCUGGUACUUGUGGGUUCAUGACCUUUGUUUAAGAUGAGAGUUCAGAGAAGUCCAUGUUGAUCCUGGCUGGAUGAGACUUGAAUUUUGACACUGCGCAUCUUUGAAUGAAUCUUUUUGAAAAUUCUAAAGAAAAAAAGGGUUUUUUUACACCUUUAGAUUAUCUUAUGGGUACAAAUGGGUGCAGGGGGGAGGGAUGGGUCUUUGAUAUUUAUUAAUAUUCAAUAAGUGGUGAUAAUUCAAUUAAGAAUAUAUAUAUAUAUAAAACAGUGUAUAAAGUGUAUAUUCAAGAAGCUGUUCAUUAAACUGCACAAAGCACAAAUAUGUAUUUCCUUUUUGUCUAAAUUUAAAUAAAUUGUUAUUCUGCCAGGAAACCAGAAAUGAUUUGGUUCCUCUUUUAGCUCAAGAAUCAGUUGAUUACUUUGAAAAAAGCAUGCAGGGGUUGUGCAUGAAGUGCAUAAGAAACUCAGUCACAGAAUAAAUGCAUCACACACAAUU